CCAGAGUAAGUCAUACAUGUAGUUAUAUAUAAUUCCGAUAUUCUAAGAGAUAUAGGUCAUGACGUUAAUUAACUCAAAGGUACUGGUUUACUAAAAAUCGAUGGCGUCAAUUAAUUUGUUUGUUCUUAUUUCAUGAUCAAUGACCGAAUCUUCACCUCUUACGAAAGAAGAUUGAAACCUUAUGUGUCUUUUGGAAGUACAAGGAAAACCUUUGCACGAACUAAGGUGAUUAAAAUGGGCAAAGAGAAACUGGCAAUUGUGAUGUGUUUCAUACAAAUUGCAUAUGGAAUUAAUGAUGUUAUAAUUACGUCAUAUGGUCAGUUUUGGCCGUGGUCUGUCUCGGAGACCCUUUCGAUUAUCGGAAGAAAGCAAUGUACACGGGAAUGUCAGGCCCGGGGGUCAGCGUGUUUGGCCGUCAACUACCAGACUAACAACCUACAGUGUGAGGUUCUGCAAAGUGUUCCUAGUAAUUUAACAGAACUCUCGGACAACUUUGAAUAUGAGUACAUUGAAAUGGCGUCACAGACAUCGGUAUUUUCGUCCUCUGUUUGUGACAGUACUUGUGAUUCAACGGAGGGACAUUGCAUCAAACUGUCAUCAGGACUGAGUUACUGCCGAAGUACUAAAAUCCGAUGUCCAAUAAACUACCGAUACUCGCCAGCUCUGGACUUUUGCUACAUUGAAAUCAGCACUAGUGCCGACUUCCAGACCGCCAAGAGUCACUGCGAGAGUAACGGUGCACGUCUCGCUGUGUUACCGACCAUGGAACAUAUCAACUAUAUUAAAUCAGAGCGGACAAACGGUUACCUGGGCAGCCUGAGGUACACGGUGGGUGGGGAGUGGGACCCGGUGUCUGGGGCGUGGAAGUGGAUAGACGGUAGUCUGAUAUUCGGACCAAUUGACAGAACGUUAUGUCGUGUGAACACAGACGGCGGCGCCAUCGCCUGGGAGAAUAAAUACCUACUGAUGGACACAGAUCCCACUGUAACAAACAAAUUCCUUUGUGAAAAAGUACUUGGUUAACAGAAUAGGUACCCUUUUGUUAACUUGCUAAUGUUGUUAAUAUUCUUUUAUUUAUUUCUGUUUGAUUUUUUGUGUACAAACCAUAAUUUUAUUAUAUUGUAUUAAUACCUCUACCACUACUAGUAUUAGAAUUGAAGAUUGUGUAAAAUAUCAACAGAUAUGCGUUUUCACGAUGUGCUAGUAUAUCCAUUAAAUGCACUCGCAAAGAAUAAAAACAGACUGUUAUCUUGAUUUGGCUGAAUGAACCAUGUGACCAAGGCAUCAAUAUAAAACCUUGCAUGACAUCCCUACAAUGCAGAUGAUAUCAUGCCUCGGGUACAGAUGUCAACAAAUAAAUUAUCAGAUAUUCAUCAAUAUAUGUCGUAAAUAUAACAAUAAUAGAAACUCAAAUUUUUAUGACCUAAGUAGUUUCGAAGUUUAUGGUGAAAUCUUUUUAUUUGCUGUAUAACUGAUUAUACAGAUACAAAUUAUUCAUCCUUGAUAUUUUUGAUUUUAAUUACUUCAGCAAACCUCAUCUUAUCUUCAUUAAAUAAAAUAACAACAAAAUAUAAACAAAGUACUGUAUUAAUACUGAACGCCAAGUGCCAUUGUAUAUAACGAGUUAAGGGGAGACUUGGACGCUGAUCACGUGACAUUGCUGAUCACAUGGCUGUUAUAAUAGAAUACAUAGUCAAAUGUAAUAAAUACGAUGGAAUUGUUG